AUGCUGUUCAAAGCUCAUUCUUGGAUAGGUCCCAUUGUUCGCGUUAGCCCGCGCGAGGUUCACAUCAAGGAUCCCGAUUAUUAUGACGAGAUCUAUGCAUCCGCUGGCCGAAGGCGAGAAAAGGACGCUGCCGCAGUCGGCCGAUUUGAUCUCGAUGGCUCAUCCUUCGCCAGUGUUUCACCCGAGACCCAUCGGCAACGCCGAGCACCAGUAGAGAAAUUCUUCUCGAAAGCAGCAAUUACAAGAACCGAGAGCACGAUUCAGUUUUGUCUUCACAAACUCGUCCAGCAUCUUGAGGGUGCCUACCAUUCGCACAAGGUGAUUUCUCUAGAUGCAGGCUUCUCAGCGUUGACUUCGGAUAUCAUCCACCAAUAUGUGUUUGGAUUCAACAGUGGGAAUCUGGACCAGGAAGAUUUUAAUGAAAACAUCAGAGAUGGGAUCAGUGGAUUAUUCCGAAUGGGACACAUUGCAUUUUUCUUUCCAAUCGUACAAACCAUUUUGAACGUACUGCCUCUGUCUGUGGUGAAGAUGAUCAAUCCAUACGCCUUUGCUUUGAAGGACCAGAAGACCGAUGUCCACAACCGAGUGGUCAGGUUUCUUUCUGGUGAGAAGGGCGAGUCUGGAUCUGUUAUUGAAAAGCUAUCCAGCCCUGACAUGCCGGAACAUUUUCGGAGUGCUGAUAACCUGACUGAUGAGGGCUUUUCGCUGGUGAUUGGAGGCACAGAGACAACUGCUAGGUCUCUUUCGCUUGGGAUGUACCAUUUACUCAGCGAGCCGCAUUUACUGAAGAAACUGCGCGAGGAAAUACGAGCGGUGAUGCCCACGCCCGAGUCUAAGCCUACCUGGAACGAGUUGGAGCAGUUGCCAUAUUUGAUGGGAGUUGUUCUAGAAACACUACGCCUGUCGACGGGGAUUGCGAGUCGCUCGCCACGCAGGGCGCCCACAGAAACGUUGGUAUACAAGAACCAUACCAUUCCAGCAGGUAGUCUUAUCAGCCAAACGAACUACUUUGUCCUUAUGGAUCCAAACAUAUUUCCCGAUCCUCAUGCCUUUGAUCCCGAAAGAUGGACCCGGGCUGCAGCAAAGGGUGAGCGAUUGGAUCGGUACCUUGUGAAUUUCUCCAAAGGAAGUCGUAUCUGUCUGGGCAUGAACCUUGCCUACGCUGAACUAUAUCUUGCUAUAGCGACUCUGAUUCGUCGAUUCGAUCUCGAGCUGUUCAAGACUACAAUAAAGAAUAUCGAGUUUGCGCGGGACUUUGGAACCCCGUUCCCGGAUGAAGGAAAUUAUAGCAUUCGAGUACUGGUGAAGGGUAUUGUUAAAGAGUGA